CUAGGUACGAGAAUUUCUUCUCUUUAUAUCUUUUGUGAUCCCUCUACACAUUGUGUCUAGAAAAUCAGGCAAUCAAUGACGGGGCUUCUGCUUGUGAGAGUUUGCCCGUUUUGGACAUUGAAUGUGAAAACCUUUGCAUCUUCUGAUAGUCUAGCCAAGGUCCAAGAAGUAGCAAGCUGGCUUUUGGAAAUGAAUCAGGAACUGCUCUCUGUGGGCAGCAAAAGACGACGAACUGGAGGCUCUCUGAGAGGGAAUGCUUCCUCAAGCCAGGUAGAUGAGGAACAGAUGAAUCGCGUGGUAGAGGAGGAACAACAGCAGCAACAGAGACAUCAAGAGGCGGAGCACACUGCACGGAAUGGUGAACUUGUGGGGGCAGACCCUAGACCUGGAGACCAGAAUGACUCCCAGCAAGGGCAAGUGGAAGAGAACAAUAACCGCUUCAUUUCAGUAGAUGAGGACUCUUCCGGAAACCAAGAAGAGCAAGAGGAAGAUGAAGAACAUGCUGGGGAACAGGAGGAGGAGGAGGAGGAAGAGGAGGAGGAGGAGGAGAUGGACCAGGAGAGUGAUGAUUUUGAUCAGUCUGAUGACAGUAGCAGAGAAGAUGAACAUACGCACAAUAGCAAUGUCACAAACUGUAGUAGUAUUGUGGAGCUGCCCAUUCACCAGCUCUCUUCCCCAUUCUAUACAAAGACAACAAAAAGAGUAUUCAUCAACCAAGAGGAGUUUAAAAUGUCAAAGCCGGGAAAAGCUCCUGUGAACCAUGGCUUGGUUCCUGUUGAUCUUAAAACCUCAAAAGAACCUCUGCCACAUCAGACUGUGAUGAAGAUCUUUAGCAUUAGCAUCAUUGCCCAGGGCCUGCCCUUUUGUCGAAGACGGAUGAAAAGAAAGUUGGACCAUGGUUCUGAGGUCCGUUCCUUUUCUUUGGGAAAGAAACCAUGCAAAGUCUCAGAUUAUACCAGUACCACUGGGCUUGUACCAUGUUCAGCAACACCAACAACUUUUGGGGACCUAAGAGCUGCCAAUGGGCAAGGGCAACAACGACGCAGGAUCACUUCGGUCCAGCCACCCACCGGCCUCCAAGAGUGGCUGAAAAUGUUUCAGAGCUGGAGUGGACCAGAGAAGCUGCUGGCUUUAGAUGAGCUCAUUGAUAGCUGUGAACCAACACAGGUGAAGCAUAUGAUGCAAGUGAUAGAGCCCCAGUUCCAGCGAGACUUCAUCUCCUUGCUCCCGAAAGAGCUGGCACUCUAUGUACUUUCAUUCCUGGAACCCAAGGACCUGCUGCAAGCGGCUCAGACUUGUCGAUACUGGAGGAUUUUGGCUGAGGACAACCUUCUCUGGAGAGAGAAAUGUAAAGAAGAGGGAAUUGAUGAACCGUUGCACAUCAAGAGAAGAAAAAUAAUCAAGCCAGGUUUUAUACACAGCCCAUGGAAGAGUGCGUACAUCAGACAGCACAGGAUCGAUACCAACUGGAGACGAGGAGAACUCAAGUCUCCCAAGGUGCUGAAGGGGCAUGAUGACCAUGUGAUCACAUGCCUACAGUUCUGUGGUAACCGCAUAGUUAGUGGGUCUGACGACAACACUCUAAAAGUUUGGUCAGCAGUCACUGGCAAAUGUCUAAGAACGUUAGUGGGACACACCGGUGGAGUGUGGUCAUCACAGAUGAGAGACAAUAUCAUCAUUAGUGGGUCCACUGACCGGACUCUCAAAGUAUGGAAUGCUGAGACUGGAGAGUGUAUACACACUUUAUAUGGGCACACUUCCACCGUACGCUGUAUGCAUCUCCAUGAAAAGAGAGUUGUUAGCGGUUCUCGAGAUGCCACUCUCAGGGUUUGGGAUAUUGAGACCGGCCAGUGUUUACACGUCUUGAUGGGUCAUGUAGCAGCCGUCCGCUGUGUUCAGUAUGAUGGCAGGAGGGUUGUUAGUGGAGCGUAUGAUUUUAUGGUGAAGGUGUGGGAUCCGGAGACUGAGACCUGUCUACACACGUUACAGGGACACACUAAUAGAGUCUAUUCAUUACAGUUUGACGGCAUCCAUGUAGUGAGUGGAUCUCUUGAUACGUCAAUCCGAGUCUGGGAUGUGGAGACAGGGAAUUGCAUUCACACGUUAACAGGACACCAGUCAUUAACAAGUGGAAUGGAACUCAAAGACAACAUUCUUGUCUCUGGGAAUGCAGAUUCUACAGUUAAAAUCUGGGAUAUCAAAACAGGACAGUGUUUACAGACAUUGCAAGGUCCCCACAAGCAUCAGAGUGCUGUGACCUGUUUACAGUUCAACAAGAACUUUGUAAUCACCAGCUCAGAUGAUGGGACUGUGAAACUCUGGGACCUGAGAACGGGUGAAUUUAUUCGAAACCUAGUCACAUUGGAGAGUGGGGGGAGCGGGGGAGUUGUGUGGCGGAUCAGAGCCUCCAACACCAAGCUGGUGUGUGCAGUUGGGAGUCGGAAUGGAACUGAGGAAACCAAGCUGUUGGUGCUGGACUUCGAUGUGGACUUGAAGUGAAGGAGCAGACAAGAUGAGUUUUGUCCAGCUGUGUAGACAAUAUGCUCCCUACCCUUCCCCCUGCGCAAAAAACAAACAAAAAACCGAAAAGGAAAAAAAAAAAAAACAGAAAAGAAAAAAAAAAGAAAAAAGAGAAAAAAAAAGAAAAGGAAAAAAAUCCCUUGUACUCAGUGGUGCAGGACGUUGGCUUGGGGCAACAGACUGCAGAGACCUACAGACUAAGAAGGUAAGAAGGAUGAAAGAGACCAGAAACCGGAACUGACAGAGGUGGCGGCCAUCGCAGCACCUACAGGCUUCAUUUCUGACUGAGGGGCAGCUUUGCAAAACGAGACUUUCUCAACGCAACCAGGUGCAAUUAUCCUUGAUUUUCUUCUCCAGUGGUCAUUGGACAGAGCCACACCAAGACAUUGUUACCGUCACCUAGAAAGGAGUGGCAAUACUAUCCAAACCUGUGCUGGUUCAUCUUCUAAUCAGAAAGCAUCUGCAACAAAAGUCAUUUUUCUGAAGUGGAAAAGCUUAAAGAAAUUACUGUGAAUUGUUUUUGUACAGUUAUCAUGAAGCUUUCUUUUUAUUUUCUUUUUUUUCCUUUUCCUUUUUUUUUCUUUUUUUGUUUUUGUUUUUGCCAACCAUUGCCAAUGUCAAUCAAUCACAGUAUUAGCCUCUGUUAAUCUAUUACUGUUGCUUCCAUAUACACUCUUCAGUGCAUCCGUUGCUCGAAGUUGGCAAGUUGUCCUGGGUUCUGUGAGUCCUGAGAUGGAUUGAACUCUCGCUGCUGGUGCUAGAAGUAGGUCUUGAGAUACGGGAUCGUGUCCCACCCUGUACUGUACUCCAGUGGCCAAACUUAUUUAUGCUGCUAAAGGAAAGAAAGAAAAAGCAAAUUAUUUUUUUUUAUUUUUUUUCUGCUGUGACGUUUUAGUCCCAGACUGAAUUCCAAAUUUGCUCUAGUUUGGUUACAGAAAAAAAGACUUUUUAAUGCCACUGAAACUUGAGCCGUCUGUGCCUCUAAGAGGCUGAGAAUGGAAAAGUUUCAGAUAAUAAAGAGUGAAGUUUGCCUGCAAAUAAAGAAUCGAGAGUGUGUGCAAAGCUUAUUUUCUUUUAUCUGGGCAAAAAUUAAAACACAUUCCUUGGGACAGAGCCUGAGGUGCCUGUUCUGUGGAGAAACUUCUUUUUUGAGGGCUGUGGUGAAUGGAUGAACGUACAUAGUAAAACUGACAAGAUAUUUUAAAGAUAUAUAUAAUACAAAAUAAAAGAAAGUUGCUGGUCAGUCGUAGCAUCUUGCAGUAUUUGGGAAAACAACUGUUACAGUUUCAUUGCUCUGAGUAACUGACGUGAGAGGAACAUUCGCUCUGUAGUGAUGGCGUCACACGCAAACCAGCGCGAUGAACCAGCGCGAUGAAGCAUCGCGAUGAACGGGAGUCAGAUGGUCCGCCUCAUUCACCAGGAGCCGUAACUCAAGCUGAACUGUGAAAGUGGUUAACACUGUAUCCUAGGCAGUCUUUUUUUCCUCCUGUUUAUUUUUUUGUUUGUUUUAUUUAUAGUCUGAUUUAAAACAAUCAGAUUCAAGUUGGUUAAUUUUAGUUAUGUAACAACCUGACAUGAUGGAGGAAAACAACCUUUAAAGGGAUUGUGUCUAUGGUUUGAUUCACUUAGAAAUUUUAUUUUCUUAUAACUUAAGUGCAAUAAAAUGUGUUUUUUCAUGUUA